ACAUCAUCCCAUUCAUUCAGUCAUUGUGCACAUAAACCUACAACCUCAACCAAACACCAAUAUUGCUCACACCUAUCGGCCCUCAGGCCCAAAUCCAUCAUCAUGGAAUCUUUCUCUCUACUCAAGCGUCGUACCACCGACCUCCUCCACAAUGUCCAGCAAAACCUCCCAUCUAUGCCUAUGCCUUCCGUUCCAUCCGUUCCCUCGGCAACUCACCAGAAGAAGAGUUCUAUGAAAGGAACAUGGGAGCGCAUUGAUGCCCCUGACGUUCCCCGUUCUUCCCAUUCUCUCAAUAUCGUCCACGGAACCGCUUACCUCUUUGGCGGAGAGAUCGAGCCCCGAAAGCCUGUCGACAAUGAUAUGCAUGUCGUAACUUUGCCUUGGUCCUCGGCUGGGGCCGAUUAUUUCAAGAUCAAGGCAUCCCCCGCCAAACCAGAUGCCCAGCCGAAGAAGCCUGAGGUUCAGCAACCCGUUCAGCCAAAGGCCCCGGAGCCAGUCAAAUCCGACGAGAAGCCAGACGAAGAGGAGAUCGAGAAAAAGCUCGACGAAGUUUCUCUUGCGGAGGAUGACGAAGAAGAAGAAGAAGAUGAUGAUGAGGAAGAAGACGAAUCUUCAGAUGAAGAGGUCGAGAGCAAGGCCAAAGGUAAGCAGCCUGCCGGUCCAGAAAAACCGGAAUUGGGUGAUGUUCCAGCUUCACGAGUUGGCCAUGCUACUGCCGUUAUCGGAUCCCGUAUCUUUCUCUUCGGUGGUCGCGGAGGUCCCGACAUGCGGCCUCUGAACGAAGGUGGCCGUGUUUGGGUCUUUGACACCCGCUCCAACACAUGGACAUACCUUGACCCUGCCCCUGUCGUUCCAGGUGGUGCAAUUGUGCCCCAACCCGCUCCGCGAAGCUAUCACACAGCCACAUCGAUCGACCGCCCCCGGGACUUUGCUCCUAAGCGGCCCAAGGAACCUGAGACCUGGGGACAGUGGGCACUCGGAGACACGUCUAAGACGGGCAUUCCUCAAGCUCCUGUUGUUGGUAAUGUUGCUGAAGAUGCUGUGGAUGAAGAGUCUGAUGGCUACGGUACCUUCUUCAUUCAUGCUGGAUGCCUCGCCAGUGGCGAGCGCACCAAUGAUAUUUGGGCCUUCAACGUCCAUGACCGUACUUGGACUGAGCUUCCAGCUGCUCCAGGUCCUGCUCGAGGCGGCAGUGCCAUCUGUGUGAGCAAAACCCGCCUGUUUCGCUUCGGGGGUUUUGAUGGACAAAGCGAACUCGGAGGGCAACUCGACUUUCUCCACCUCGAGGUUGAAACGUUUGACGAUAGAGGCACCAAGGGUGAAGUUGCUGUUCGCGCACGUGGUGGUUGGCAAACUAUUCUUGAGAGUGACCCGAAUACCGACUCAACUGAAAUCCACGCCGAACCAGCUCAGAUCUGGCCAGAACCCCGAAGUGUCGCAUCUUUGGAGGCAAUCACUUCAGGGGCUGGAUAUGAGUAUCUUGUCCUGACCAUGGGUGAGCGUGACCCAAGCUCAGAAGGCCACGAAGGUGCAGGCAAGUUCUUGAAUGAUGUCUGGGCCUUCCAAGUUCCACCUCUGGGUAUGACGGCCGCCAGCGUUACCGCUGCCAUGUGGCAAGCUGUUGGCCGCAAGACAGGUGAGGGCAAGUGGACAAAGCUUGAUCUUGAGCCAUACGACGAUGAUAACAGUGAUGAGAUGCCCGCGGCGAGAGGCUGGCUUGCAAGCGCCCCGAUGGGUGAACUUGAGGAGAGCGGCAUUUUGAUCUGGGGAGGUCUAGGUGAGGACAAUGAGCGUCUUGGGGACGGUUGGAUCUUGCGUGUGGGCGAUUCCUAGGUGAAAAUGAUGAGGGACUGAACAGGUAGUUGGUUUGGGUGUAGUGUUUCUUUUUGGCGUAACAUGUUUUUGGCGAUUGUAUCAAAUGAACGAACGGAACGAAGAAACAAAGUCCUAUGCGGACACAAUACUUCACACAGCAUAU